CCACAAGGAGAAAAUGACCUUGAGGAAAGUGAACAUUUCCAUCCUCAUAGUGGUGGUUGUUAUAUUUCUGUUAGUUCUUCAUCAUAAUCUCCUAGGCCUCAGCGACUUCUUGAAACGGGAAUUGUCAGAUUCAAGCCCAUUAGGACUCCAACCUAUAGAUUUCAUCCCUGCAAUUCCCCAGAGGUUGAUAGAUGGAAGGAAUGAUAAGGAGAUUUCUGUGGUCAUCGCAGCAUCGGAUGAGAGGCUCGGGGGUGCAAUUGCAGCCAUGAACAGUAUUUAUCAGAACACCAGAUCCAACGUGGUUUUCUACAUUGUUACUCUGAAUGAUACUGUGGAUCACUUGAGGCUGUGGCUGAGUAACACUGCUCUGAAAAAUCUGAAAUACCGAAUUUUGCAUUUUGAUCCAGGUGUCUUGGAAGGGAAAGUGCAAGUGGCCUCUGGAAAGGCAGACACCUUGAAACCGUUAACAUUUGCAAGAUUCUACUUGCCCAGUCUGGUGCCUCAUGCAGAGAAGGCCAUCUACGUGGACGACGAUAUCAUCGUGCAAGAUGAUAUUCUUGAACUUUACAACACUCCACUGAAACCUGGACAUGCAGCUGCAUUUUCAGAUGAUUGCGACUCGACAACUAAUAAAUUUGCUGUUCACGGAGCAGGGAAUCAGUAUAAUUACAUUGGAUUUCUAGAUUACAAAAAAGAAACCAUCCGAAAGCUUGCCAUGAAAGCCAGCACCUGCUCUUUCAACCCAGGAGUUUUUGUUGCCAACUUGACCGAAUGGAAAUUACAAAACAUCACCAAGCAGCUGGAGAAGUGGAUGACACUGAAUGUAGCAGAGGAGCUGUACAGUCGGACUCUGGCAGGCAGCAUCACUACCCCUCCGCUGCUCAUCGUGUUUUACAAGCAACAUUCCAGCAUUGAUCCCAUGUGGAACGUCCGGCAUCUUGGGUCUAGUGCUGGAAAAAGAUACUCUCCUCAGUUUGUGAAAUCUGCUAAGCUGCUCCACUGGAACGGACACUUCAAACCGUGGGGACGAACGGCUUCGUACGCCGAGGUCUGGGAGAAGUGGUACGUUCCUGACCCCACGGGCAAGUUCAGCCUGCUCCGCAGGCACUCGAAAGCCCAUGAAGCUAAGUAGAAGAAAUCGUAUUCACCGAUGGCAUUUCUCAGGAAACCUUUGGACUC